AUGAAGGACAGCACGGGCAUCCCCGUGAACGUGCACGUGUUCGCCGUGUCCUACGUCAGCCAGGGCGGGCUCCCGGCCUUCAAGGUGGGCGUCCUGGAGGUGAGCGACUCCGACUCCAUGCUUCUGCCAAACCUGGGGCGCCUGGCGGAGACCAGGCAGCUGCGCCGGCGGGGUCACCGGCCCAAGCAGAACGCUGGAGACAGCAGCGGCAGCAGCAACGGUAGCAGCAGCGGCGGCGACCUGGGCGCUCUGGACCUGGAGCAGUCCCUGGGCUCGGAUGCUCCAGGCUCGACGUUUUACAAUGAUUUCGAGGGGGACGCCCCCGCCUUCUGGUUCGACGCGCUCUCGGCUGGCUACGAAAUUCUGUGCUUCUCCGACAGCUUCCAGCAUUGCUUCGGCACCUGCGAGGGUUCGGUGUUCUUCGUUGCGCGACGUCUUUGCGGUCGUGGGUCGGGCCCCCGAGUUGAUGGGCGCGUGGUUCGACGGCAAUCUGGCCGGCGACGUGGCUGGCGAUCUGGCCGGGCGCAGGGACGCGAAGUUUCUGGGCUGGGUCAAGAUGAACCAACACGACCAGUUUGUGGCGUGGGUCCAGGAGGCGUAUGUCGCGCUCCUGGGCCAGACCGAGGGUGA